UUUGCUAUAAACACAGCCUGGGUGGCGACGUGUGGGUCUCGAGACCGGAAGCAAGGGUGUUUGGCGAUGGCGGGAGGCUCGGCUGCAGGCGGACGCCAGCAGUUGAUGCGGGAGCUGGAUAAUGGGUCUCUGGAGAUAACACAGAGCAUGGAGGAUGACCCCCUACUUGAAGUCCCACUUCCACCUCAUGCAUUGCAUUCUUGGCUGCGUCCGAAGUUCUAUGCUAUACCUACAGUUUGCUUUGCCAAUGUUUUGUUGCUGGUACAUGUUGCCUUUGUUAUUCUGGCUUUUUUAGCAGGUAUGUUUUGUUCUUAUCCUGAUGCAAGUGCAGAUAUGUGUCCUAAACGCUACACAAAUCCUCUUAAGGUGCAAACUGCUAUAAUAAUUGCCAAGGUAAUUCUCUGGCUUCUACAUGUGAUCCUUGAAUUAUAUGUCCACUACCAUCACAGUAAGGCCAGGGGCAGAGGCUAUCUCUUAAUCUACCGGAUGACAAGGCAUCUGAAGAGGCUUCCCCUGCUAAUUCAGUCUGCAGGUAAUGGUGCUUUACUUCUGAUACUGUCUGUGCAACAUUCUUUUCCUGAUCACAAUAAAUUAUACCUUUGCUUCAUCUUGGCCAUCUUGAGUGUGGAGCUGAUUUGUUCAUUGAUAUGCCUGGUUAUCUACACAGUAAAAGUGAGCAACUUUAACCGGGCAAAACCCAGACCUGACAUCAUAGAAGAAGAAAGGAUGUAUGCAUAUUCUAAUCGUAUUACCUCAGAAGUUGGAUUCAGGGAAACAUCAGUGUUGGAAGAAAUAGUUGAAAAACAAGGAGACGUGAUUGAAUAUCUUCAGAGGCACAAUGCCCUUCUCAGCAAGAGACUGCUGGCAUUAACAUCCCAACAGGCCAGAAGUUAGUGGUGUCCAGAAACCAUUUGAGAAUAUCAUGAGAAUUGCAGGACCAACAGACACUGGAAGAGAAGAGAAAAUGCUUUGUAUGCAAGCUGAUCAGUAGCAUUCCAGGUUCUUCAUACCAGCUGGAGAUAUUCUGGCUUGGUGCUAAAACUUCUAGGUGCUGACAUGUAUUUUGAAAAUUUUCUUCAAAUUCCUGCAGUACAUAAAACUAUUAUUAUCUGGUGGGAAGCAAUUCUAAUUCAAACUGCCAAAGAUCUUCAUGGGGGUUUGGGAUUCAGUGUUUUAUUAAAUAAAUUUGUCAAACCUCUUCACUUCUAUAGUGUAAAUACAGUGCUCAGUUUUUGUGCAUUUGUAUAGUAAUCAGUAGGUCAUCGUGUAAAUGUUUUGAAAGGGAAUAAGGAUGAUAAAAGUGUCUCUGCUGAAACUGGUGCAUCUGAAGACACACAGUGACUAACUCCCUUAGGAGACCCUGCUGGGAAGUGACCCAAUACUCUUGUGGCAGUGUUGCCAUUGAAACUGUGCUGACCUGGUGAAAUUCUAUUAGUAUGUGUAUUGGUUUACAGGCAGGUGAUCCAAAAGAGAAGAGUCUACACACAAGUGAGAUGGAGCAGAGGAAGUAAAGUUUGUGUCCAGUCCAAAAUGUGCUGUGUAAGUAAGACAUCAGUUAAGGGUAGCAUGUAUCACAGGCUACACAGAAACGGUAUUGAUAAUUUGAAAAGUUAUUUAUUAUUCCUUUGUUCGUAUGAUGUGCUGAGUAACUGCAUCUCAAUGAGGAAAUAGUGGCAUUUGGAAUAUUUGAACAUUUGACACAUCCAGCUGAUUAUCUCAACUGCCUCGUUAUCCUUCUGUGUGUCUGCUAAGCAGGGGAUAACUAAGCAUAAUUAAUAGAAGGUAUCAAUGCAUAUUUAACCUGCAUACCAACCAGUAUACAAAUGCUUGUACCUUCUGUUGGUGACUUAGUAUGGAAAUUCCAAGAGAUAUUUCAUAUUAUGUAGACGGUGGUUUAAAUAGCUUUAAAUGCUAAAACAAAGCCAUGAGAUAUAUCCUGUACUUAAGAUACACAUACAUGCCUUUCAGUUUACUGCAUAUUUGAUUUGUACAGAACUUUGGAGAUCAAGCAAUUUAAGUGCUUCAGUUCUGGUACAAUUAAAUUUCACUACAUGCAGUGUGAUACCCUGCAAUUGUUGCUGCUACUGUUUUUAAUUUAUGAUGAUACCCAUUGAUUGUCAGUUCUUAAGAUGUCUUAAGAUUUUUAUCCCAAAGCCAAGUGGUUCAUAAUCAAGGAAUGUACAGCUGUUUAUUAGCCUUGAAUGUCUAAUCUCUGGAUCUAUGAACUCAGCAGAAGUUGCUCUGGGACAUGUCCUGCUCUUUAGUUUGCCAUCAAGUUAUUAGUUGUCAGUCUGUGCUGUAUCUUUGGCUGCCAAGACUUGUCUGUAAACCCUAUGCAGUAUUUCUGUAGGAAGAUUAAGAUGGUUUUCCGAUUAAUAUGAACUGUGGUGAUCUUUAAGAAGAACAAAGGCAUGCUACCCUGUUACACUUGAUCUGUACUGACUAUUAAUGUACUGUUUCUCAUUGAGCAAUGUGUUUUGCUUUGUUCAAAGGAAGAACAAGCAAAUUGGAACUGACUGCUUCUAACAUGCCUGUUACUUUUUAGCAUUGUGUUGAACACAGCCAGGAUUUUAUAGGGAAGAUGAACCAAUGUGGAUAACUUUAUUUUUAAAGCUCAGGUUUUGAUGUGAUUUGUGUGAAACUUGUUCUUUACAUUUUGUAAUAAAAGCAGAGAAAUAAUAAAUUCAGUAAUAUGA